AUGACUGCGAUUUAUGGCAUACUAUUUUCUGUAUGUCACAUACUUCUAGUUCCUGUUAUUUCAAUUAAUGACUACUUCAUCAUUUUCGUCGCCUUAGGGCCUCUCCGCAAGCCACCAUUCGGUCAAUUACUAUUAUUAGUGUUCUGCGUGGCCUAUAUCGGAUCUCUGGUGAUUGUUACCAACAGCUUCGUUUAUCGUUAUUUGCAACUAUGCAGAAGUGGAACUUUUCAAAGCUACUCGAAGGCGAGAGGACUCUUAAUCGUUAUUCUUUUCAAUGCUGCGGUCAUAUUCAACUGGAUAGUGAUAGUCAAAGUCGCACUCUGGCCAACCACGUUGCUCUUUGAAUACAUCAAACAAGUUUUUCAC